AUGGAUAUUGGGCUAGCAAACCUUAAUGGAAAAUCUGCAGGCAAGAUCGGCUUGAUCACCAUCGGCUACUACAUCUGCACCACCUUGGUUGCAACCAUCGUCGGUAUCAUCCUCGCCAUCUUGAUCAGGCCAGGUCAUGUGAUCAACAAUGACGUCAUCACAGUCAAGUCUGUAGACGAUACCCCAUCGCUGUCUGCUAGAGAUGUGUUCCUGGAUUUAGUUAGGAAUAUCUUCCCUGAUAAUAUAGUACAAGCAACAUUUGCAAUGAGUGGCACCGUGUAUGUGAAGCUGGACACACAAACUGCCAUCCAAAAUGAACAUAUUAAUGGAAAAAACUCAAGCAAUAAUGAUACAGAUACCACAGAAGAUGAAGCAUGGACACCGACUUCCGUCUACAAGCCAGGGAUGAACGCGUUAGGGAAGGUGUUAUCCGUGGAGGAUCUGACAAGCACGACCCAACAGCUUGCCAUCUAUUUAACCACCAUCAUUGCUGGCACCAGUCUCCAUGUUCUGAUACUCUUACCUCUGUUGUAUUUUGCUUUAACUAAGAAGAACCCGUUCAGAAUCAUCAGAGGAGUAACACAGGCGAUCGUCACGGCUCUUGCAAUUGCUUCCAGCUCUGCCACACUGCCAGUAACUAUCCGAUGCUGCGAAGAGAACCUGAAGAUGAACAAUGCCAUCACUCGCUUCGUACUACCUCUUGGGGCAACGAUCAACAUGGAUGGAAUUCCAAACGCUGCUAUUGUGACAUUGAUGGUCAUCCUGUCUUCUGUCGGUCUGCCAAUUGAGAGCAUCUCUAUCCUGCUUGCGGUGGAUUGGUUCUUGUACGUAUCAUACAACCCAGGACCUUUCCUGGUGUGUACGUUCUAA